CCCCCCUCGUCCCGUUGUUUAUCGUUGUAGUCACAAACUCAGAAAAUAAUAAAACGCUCACGGUCACAGCUCAGAAGACCAUCUGUCAAACAAAAGUCCGAUCUUUGCCGAGAAAAUUUUGCCAAGCAAGGAAAGAAAUGGAGUUAUGCCCUUCAAUUAAAAACAUCCUUCUUUUGGAUUCCGAAGGGAAACGUAUAGCUGUGAAGUAUUAUUCAGAUGACUGGCCAACGAAUUCUGCAAAGGAAGCCUAUGAGAAAGCUGUAUUUACCAAAACCCAAAAGACUAAUGCCCGAACCGAAGCGGAGAUAACAAUGUUUGAGAAUUAUAUUGUUGUGUACAAGUUCGUUCAAGACCUUCACUUUUUUGUUACUGGAGGCGAAAAUGAGAAUGAGAUGAUCUUGGCCACAGUCCUGCAGGGAUUUUUUGACGCAGUUGGAAUUCUCCUUAGAGGCACUGUGGACAAGAAGGAGGCACUGGAGAACUUAGAUCUUAUUUUGUUGUGCCUUGAUGAGAUUGUUGAUGGCGGUAUCAUUCUUGAAACUGAUGCAAAUGUUGUCGCUGGGAAGGUUGCUAAUCAUAGUCUGGAUGCUGGAGCUCCUUUGUCUGAGCAGACGAUAACUCAAGCAUUGGCUACUGCACGUGAACAUCUCACAAGAUCUCUCCUCAAGUAAUGUGUUCACCAGACUCGAGAGAAGUCGGACCAUAUAUCCUUUUGUAAUGGCACCAUACCUGAUGUGCUUCAGAUGAUAUUUUGAGUCUAUUUUGAGAUCUAUAGAAAUGCUUAUACUUCUGAUGUUCUUGCAAGGUUGCUUUCUUCAUAUUAGUGAGUUAUGAUACAAUAAAAUUUUAUCACCAAGCAUACAGGCAUUGUCUCAGUUUUUCGGACCCCAUUGCAUCC